UGGUCCAUGGAUUUGGUUCAUUGGGGUGCCUUGUUUAUGGACUCACACGCCGCAGAUUCAUUUCGGUUUGCAAGUGAAUUACAAAAGUCGGAUUUUUAAGUAAUAAAUAAAAUAUACUAUACCAAAAAGAAUAAUUUAAUUCCACACUACUCAACAUCUCAACCACAAGUAAUAUUAUACUAAUAAUUUAAUGAGGAGGAAGAUGAUCAAGGCUAAUUGAAGUAAUAAACCCGGGCGCUUGUAGAGAGAAUGAUGGAGAAGCAUUUAUGGUUCAUCACAUGCCAGCAAUUAAUGUGCAGCAAACCAGAGUAAAAACCUCCAGCCCGGAAUUCUUCAUCUCCUCCCUCCACACCCACACUAACCUUUAAAACACAUUUACAGUUACAGGACCAUAGUACAAUAAAACCAACCAGCCUCAAGAAAUUAAAGGAGAAGAUUGAAGAAACAACAAAAAAAAAGAGAGAGAGAGAAGAAGAAUGUCGACAACAGAGAACCCCGCGGAAGCUAAUUUAAGCAGCUUAAGGGUGUGGCAAGAUUUGGGUGUUGUUGACACCAUAUUCGAAGAAGAAGGCGACGACCCUUCAACCACGCCUUCUCUCUCCCCGCUCAUCUCGCCGUCUCCUACACCUCUCCAUUCUCUCGUUGAGGCAUGGUCAUCGGCUUCCGGUGAUGACGUAGAUGUGGUGAUACACGUUGAAGAUUCGUGUUUCUACUUGCACAAGGUACGUUUUGCUGAAUGCUAGGUGUCGGUUAUAAUUUCUCAUUUUGCGUAAAGAUUUGUGUGUGGUUCUAAUGGUUUAUGCAUAUGAGCUGUGAAAGGAAAAUAAAAUAAAAUAUUAUCGAUGAUUAGUUGACGUAAAAAUGUGAUUAUUUGUCAUGUGGUUGCACCGAAAAAGUGCAAUUAAUUUGUGUUUUUUUUUUUUUUUUAAGGAAAAGGGGGAGAACUUACGUUGUACGUCUUCUAGAAAUCAUUUUUUUCAGAUUCUUUCCGGUUCACUAUAUUAGAUUGAAUUGUCGUGUUAAUUACUCUUCUGUCGAUAAUGUCCAUAAUCUCCGUUCUUUUUCAACCUUUGGUAUUUCACGUAAAAUCAUGAGGUGUUAAUUGUGAAUGAUCCUAUUCCCACUGUAUAGUAGACAUAAAUAUUACUACCUCCGUCUCCAAAAAAAUAAUCCACAUUAAGUUUUUAAAUUUGUAUUAAAAACAUUACAAAACUCAAAACUGACUAUUUUUAUAGGACGGAAGGAAUGACAUCUAAUUUACACAUAUCAUCUAAUUUACACAUAUCGAACCCGUGGGUUGACACACAAAAGGUGUCACGGAAUAGACGUGCGAUGGAGAAAAUAUUCACAUAACUUAGCGGGAAAUGGAUUAUUAUGAAUAUAUGAUUGUGAUAUGUUUUUGUGUGUAAGGGAUUUUUAGAUAUUUCAUUGAGGUGAUGAAACAAGUGUGUGAAUUUGUAACCCCCCUCAUAAUUAGCGAUUGACUACUGAAACCAAAGUGUUUAAAACGACAGUUCAGAAUUCUGUAGAAAUCAAUUAAAAUGGGGUAAGCAAAGCAAAUUAACGUAGACAAAUGUGAAAUGUACAACAUUCUCCAAAUUCAGCAAAUCCAGAUUCGUUUGAAAAAUUUGUAAGUUGUACUUGUACCUCUUUACCCGUCCUUAUUUAUUGAAAUCUUGAAAAAGAGUGCUGCAAAAGUUUGAAAGCUACGUUUCGCAGUUAAUGAGAAAUAAAUAUAAUUGUGUGUCAUUUUGUAGUAGUAUCACUUUUUUUUCUCUUCUGAGUAGGCCCCACUACGAGCAAGAAGUAAAUACAUGAAACGGCAGCUCAAGACAACGUCCCAAUUAACGUUGUCUCCACCGUUACCCAUAACCGCUGAAACCUUCACUUUGGUGACUGAAUUCUGUUACGGGUCCCAGAUCCUCAUCACUCCAUUUAACGUGGCUCCACUUCGCAUCGCGGCUGAGUUGCUCGAGAUGACGGAGGCCACCGACGGGAGUGGGGACGAUAGUCUCCGGCAGAAGACGGAGGCGUACUUCCAGCGGGCAGUCCCCGUCAACCAGGAGUUCGCGAAGAUUGUGUUGCGUUCUGGUGUUUCGUUGCUUCCGGAAGCAGAGACGAAGGCCGGUAUUGUGAGCAGGUGCAUCGAAGCGUUAGUGCUGAUGCAUGAUGACGAGGACGGAGGUGGCUGGGGAAAGAUGAGUUGCCUGAACGACGUCCUAAAGUUGCAGCCUCAUGAAUUUCAAGUCCUAGUGGAAGCUAUGAAUCAGCGGUUGACCAGUCAUGACAUUCUCUACAGAGUCGUUGACCUGUAUCUCAAGGGAUAUGCAGGGAAGAUCACGGAAGAGCAGAAGAUCCGGAUGUGCAAUUACAUUGACUGCACAAUCCUGUCGUCUCAAGGCCUAAUGCAUGCUGUUCAAAAUCCAGCAAUGCCACUUAGAUUUAUAGUUCAGGCCAUGUUUGUUGAGCAGCUCAACACCCGGCGUUCCAUCUUCUCUGCUGCUGAUAAUCAUAAUUAUAACCGUAAUAACAAUAAUAAUAAGCCGCAGCAUCAGAAGAUACAAGACUCCACCUCCACCCUUGGGGCAAUCCUCCAACGCGAUGCAGCACUCAGGCAAGUUGCCCAGCUCAAGGCCGCCAUGGAUACCACAAAUUCACGGAUUCAGAGCCUGGAGAAAGAGCUUAUUGGGAUGAGGAAGCGUUUACAAGAUGCAGAAAGUCAUAAUCAUGAGCAGAGUACUCUGGAUUCAGGCCGGUCUCAGAGCUUCCGAUUCAGCUCGGAGAAUAGGAUCGAAAGAGGACAAAUCGGAUCAGUUUCGUCAGCGAGCUUCCUCAGUAUGAGGAACAACAAGAAAGAUGGAAUUAAAGCUGCUGCGUGGUCAAUUUCGUCUGAUGAUCAAGAAUCAUGUGAUGGGUUUGGUAGCAGCCCAGUGCAAGCUAAUACUAAUAAGAAACUGGGGAGAAGAUUUAUGGAUGGAUUGAAGAGUGCAUUUCGUGUCACCAAUUUGGUGCCAAAGAAGCUGGAAAGAAAUACUAUUACUGCUGGCAAAGUCAAUGGUGAAAAGAAGAACACUCCUGAAAAGUAUGAAAUUGGGGGCAGGAAUAUUGUGAUUGUAAGAAAAGAUCCACCUUACCAACGUUAGCUUUUCUUUCUUUUGUCAACCAACGUAGGACGUGACAAAGUGAAAUGGAUUAUUUUUCCCUCUAAAUUUAACUAGAGACUACUGCAAGUUUUGCAACGUCCAAACGUGAGUCCAUUUUUUUCCUUUCGUCACAGUACUACCACUAUUCUUUUGAUUUUUUUUUUUUUUUACCUCUUUGGUUUGUUUAUUUUGAACUUAGAAGU